GGCCCGGGCCGCCGGGGCGAGGAGCCUGCGCUGCCCCGGGCCCGCGUCCCUUCGCCCUCCGUUUCGCCGUGGACGCGGUGGGUUGGCCUCGCGGCGCGGCCGCCGGCACCCCGCGCACCCCGGGCAGUCGGCCGGGCAGACGGGUUCCGCCAGCGCCGCCUCUGCUGCGCCCGGGAUGGCCGCUGUCACUGCGCGCGAGGGAAGGGCAGCCGGCCGCGCGCGGUUCUGCCGAGGUCCGCGGGGCGCGCCUGAGGACGUCGGAUGCCGAGCCUGGUGCGCGCUCGAUUCUUUAGGUCCCCGGCUGACUCAGACUUCUGAAUUUCUUCUGUGACUCUGAUGCACGUCAUACGGAGGUGCCUGACCUGCAGCUGUAGCUGACAAGAUCCUACCAGGGGAUGAAUAUGAGUAUCAUAGCAGAGUCCCCACAGAGAUGGCUGAGUAACAGGGUGACAGCCGCCUUCAGGAGCCCCUGCAUCUCAACUCCGCAUGAACAAGUGAUGCCCUCUCUGAAGGCUGUGCUUUCCCAGCAGGGGACCAGGGAGGAGGAAGAAGUGAAUUAUGGAUCACAGACAGUCAGGUCCCAGGAAUCCCUGACAUUCCAGGACGUGGCCGUGGACUUCACCAGAGAGGAGUGGGAGCGGCUGUACCCUGCUCAGAAGGACCUCUACCGGGACGUGAUGCUGGAGAACUACAGGAACCUGGUGGCCCUGGGGCAUCAGCUUUAUAAGCCAGAGGUAAUCACUCAGCUGGAGCAAGAGGAGCUGUGGGUGACAAGAACAGACGGCCCCCUGGACACCCCUCCAGAUGGGGAGAACAUCCCUGAAGUAAAAAAGUCAGCUCUAAACCAGAGUAUUUCCGAUGAAAACCAAACCCAGGACAUGAUAAUGCAAAGACUAACAGGAGACCGUUUCUGGUACUCCAUCUUAGGAGGACUCUGGGAUCUUGAUUGUCAAUUAGAGUGGAACCAAGAAAACCAGCAGAGACAUUUGGGACCAGUAUCUCUCAUCCACCAAAAGCUCACACAGGAGAGAAGCAGCGAAUGUAGGAGGUCAGGGGACAACUAUGGUCAGGGAAUUCCUUCCAUUCAGAUUCCCCCUUGUUAUGGCACACAAGGAAAUAGCCUCAGGCAUAGCUCAGACUUGAUCUGCUUUCGGGAAAACCCUGUGAGAGAGAACCCCUGUGAAUUUAAUGAGUGUGGAAGAACCUUCGGUCAACAUAUUCUUCUUCCCAAUAGUGCACAUGCAACAGAGAACCCUCUGGAAUGUGGAAAGGCCUUCAGCCAUAACUCCUCUCUCAGCCAGCCUCAGCCAGGGCUUAAGGGAGAGAAGCCCUAUAAGUGUGAUGAAUGUGGGAAGAGAUUCAGCCAGAGAAUACAUCUCAUUCAACAUCAGAGAAUUCACACAGGGGAAAAACCUUUUAUAUGCAACGAGUGUGGGAAAGCCUUCCGCCAGCAUUCCUCCUUCACCCAGCAUCUGAGGAUCCACACCGGGGAGAAGCCCUAUAAGUGCAGUCAGUGUGGCAAGGCCUUCAGCCGUAUCACGUCUCUUACUGAGCAUCAUAGACUGCACACGGGAGAGAAACCCUAUGAAUGCAGCUUCUGUGAGAAAGCCUUCAGUCAGAGGACACACCUGAACCAGCACGAGAGGACCCACACCGGAGAGAGGCCUUACAAAUGUCCCGAGUGUGGGAAAGCCUUCAGCCAGAGUGCACACCUGAACCAGCACAGGAAAACCCACACCCGGGGGAAGGUGCAUGAGUGUAAGUGUGGGAAAGCCUUCAGCCACGGUCCUCCACUUAGCAGCACACGAUUCAUCCACAAGUGAAAUGUGGGAAAUUGUUUUCCUUCGAUGAUCCAGUAACUCAGAUUAUUCACAGCAGAUGGAAAGCUUAUAAACUUUUAAUGCAUAAAAACCAAAUAAAUAAACUGUUAGCCUAUUACAUUCCCAGGAGGAGGAGUAGACUGGGAAAAUUAUUUUAUUUUACACAAACAUUGAGUCAUGUUUCAAGUUGAUUUAACACUUUUCAAAGAAAUGAACAGAAAUCCUGUAAGUGAUAAGCUAUCAUUAGUCACCUCUAAGUUUUAUACUACAAAACCUGUUGACCAAGGCAGUGCUGUAGUAUACAUUAUUAAACAAAUAAACAAAAGGAGUGUUUCUCAGAAUGGCUUCGGUCAUUUUGUGCUUCCUUUACAGCUUUUGCUAUAUCUAAUCAUAAUAUUUUUUAAAGGGCAUAGAAUUUUUAGUUUGACCUAGGAACUUUUAUUUAUGGAAAUCAUGUGUUUGCUAUGCUAAUGACAGUCUAACUUCUAUAAGAAUAAAUAUCAACUUUUGGAUU